UGCCUCGCGAACGCAGUCAGUACCGGUCCAGCGACCGAUUUGGAGGGCUGUUCUUUUCUCGAUCUUUGUUGCCGAGAAAGAGAGCCGAGCGAACGACAGGAGCGGUUUGCGAGGAAAACUCAACGCGAGAGAUCGCAAUGUCGACGAAGCUGCAGCUGCUGUUGGUCGCGUUGCUUCUGGCGGUCCUGAUAGUGGACGUGUCUGCCCAGCGCAGACGGAAAUAUCGGCGUCGCACGACCACGACAGAGGCACCAGCACAAGAUGAGAUCAUGAACAUGCUGGAGGCUGACGAAAUAGCCGAGGAGGAGGCGGCGACGGCGGAGGAGGCUGAGGUCACUCUUGAAAAUGGCAGAAACGAGGCUGGAUCGAAGCAGCAGCGUUUGCUUCAGGCGGACCCGUGCGUGGACAAACAUUGCGGCGCUGGUCGUAUUUGCAAGAACACGGAGGAGGGCACGGCCGAGUGCGUUUGCGUGGAGCUCUGCAACGAGGAGGUCGAUCCGCGUCGCAAGGUCUGCACCAACUACAAUGAGACCUUCGGCAGCGACUGCGAGGUCUAUCAGGCGCGUUGCUUCUGCGAUACCGGUGACGCCAGGUGCAGGGGCCCCGACUAUCUACAUGUCCACAUUGAAUACUACGGCGAGUGCCGACAGAUGCCCAUGUGCAAGGAAGAGGACAUGGCCGACUUUCCUAGGCGAAUGCGCGACUGGCUGUUCAACAUCAUGCGCGAUUUGGCGGACCGUCAGGAACUGCCGUCGCAUUACCUGAAGAUGCAACGCGAGGCCGAGACCAAUCACACUUUGCGCUGGGCGAACGCAGCCAUCUGGAAGUGGUGCGACCUGGACGGUCAUCCGCACGACCGAUCGGUGUCCAGGCACGAGCUCUUCCCGAUCAAGGCGCCCUUGAUGGCCCUCGAACACUGCAUCGCGCCCUUCCUCGACUCCUGCGACACGGAUAAUGAUCACAAGAUUACGUUGAUCGAGUGGGGCAAAUGUCUGCAGCUCGACGAGGAUGAUAUAGAAGACAAGUGCGACGAGCUGGCGGAGGCAAAUCAGGAAAAAUAUUAGAGGAUCCGCGCCGGAUCUUCCUCCACGGAAGGAGGACAGCGCGAGCGACGCGGCGCGCGAGGGAGCGGGACGGGACGCGAGGGGAGCACAAUAGCGGGAACGGCGCGGCGGGCGCGCGGAAACGGUCGAGGAGGGCGCGAAGGGCGCAGGUGACGCGCUGGGCAGGGUAAAGCUAGGGCAGGGACGGCGAGACGGGGCUGGGUAAAAAUGGCGGGAAAAAUCCCCGCCAAAGUACGCGCGCGCGCGUGUGCACCGACGCGCGCCAGUGCGCAGGCCCCGCGCGCGCAUCGACGAGUCGAUACCGCGCGGCGCGGACGAGAGAGGCAUCGUCAUCGAUGCCGAUAUACGCACCGGCCUCGUUCCGGCCUGCCAACCCAUGCCAACCGACCAUCGAACUCUCGACAUCGCUCCUCAAUAAUACAGGCAACGUCGUCGUCGCCCAGCGGCGAUUUGAUUCGCGAGCCUGGGCUGAUCUCGCGACCCGGCAGGGAGAAUUCGAAUUUCCGCGUAAUCGGACGCCCACGUUCGUCGAUGCGCCUUGAUGCUUAAUAUGUAAUCGCAUGAUGCAAUUAAUUCGAAUUCGAGCAUCACAUCGAAUGCGACACGUGAUUCGCGUGCAAAUGCAGAAAAUUCGCCCCCUCGGAGGCAAGCAGAAGAUCUUACGGGAAUAUGGAAAAAAAUCUCCGUUUCGAGCACCAUUCGGAUGAUUUGAAUUCGAAUGAAACAAAAUUUCUCAUUAAUUAUAAAUAGAUGAAUUAGAACUACUUGUUCAAGCUGCGGAUAGAAAGUUGUCAUCCGGCGCUUGAAGAAAGGCAGAUUCGGCUGGGAAUACGCCCGUACACAUCGCGAGACUAAAAAUAAACACAGGGUGCUCUAUCGACGAACGCGCAGAUUCGAAUUGUUUGAAUUGCGUCAUGGGGGUAGAUGUUUACAUUCUUGUUCGCCAUUUUGUGAUCACUCCGCUGCAAGCCCGCAAAUUGCUCGCCUCGUCGUCCUAUGGUUCAUAUACAGCUCAUCACUAUGGAAAUUCUUCUUUCGAGAAAGAAUAUUGCCGUAUUAUCAUAAAGGUUUCAAGAUAAAAUGGCCGAUUCGCUCGCGCUCCUUUAUAUAGUAUAAUUUCGAAGCCAUUGUAGCGCACAAUUUUCUAUAUGCGAUACUUUUUGUAUGAAAUCACUGCCUUUUUUCGUCAAUAAAGAGAUGUAAUACUGUU